ACUGUAAACACGGAAGUACCUUCAGCAGAAGAUAAAAAGACAACAACGCGGCCGUUGGCUUCACUUUCUUCCUCGGUUGUGUUCCGUUAACGGUCAGCUGAAGCCACAGCGGAGCGGACCCACCCCCGGUUUGUGUUGCUGUCUGCGCGCAGAGACAACACGAUGGAUAACGUUGUAUCUUUCACGGUGACCGUAACAUUGAGCCUUUUUAUGGCCGUAUCUCAGGUACACUGCAGCUCCUCCGGACUGAGGAGAGUCACCAGGGCGCAGGUUCUGGGUUUUGACUGGAAGAACUGCGGGCAGCCAGAUGAUCCAGCUGUUCUCAAGACUCUGACUCUGUCUCCGGACCCGAUCUCCAUCCCCGGAGACCUGACGGCCUCCGCCUCUGGAUCCACAUCUGUGGAGCUGUCUGCUCCCCUGGCUCUCAACGUGACCCUGGAGAGGGAGGUGGCGGGUUUCUGGGUGAAGGUCCCGUGUCUGGAGGAGUUGGGCAGCUGUCACUAUCCGGACGCCUGUGCCAUCCUGAACCAGCUGAUCCCCCCGGGUCAGGACUGUCCCGAGCCACUCCACACCUACGGACUGCCCUGCCACUGCCCCUUCAAAGCCGGAUCGUACUCUCUGCCUCAGUCCGACUUCUACCUGCCCUACAUGGAUCUGCCCUCCUGGCUGACCAACGGGGACUACCGCGUGCAGGGCGUCCUGGGCAGCCAGGGCAAAGAGCUGGGCUGCCUCAAAGUGGCUCUCUCCCUUUACUCCAACUAAAACCCAACACGGUGGGCGGGCGGGAGGUUUCAGGUGGUGGAUUUAUUUGCACAUAAAAACGAUUUGAAAAUUUGGGAAACGAAAGCAGAAGUUGCACAAAGUUCUGAAACUGCUGAAGCUCACAGCCAGGGGUCUGUAACAAUGUUUAGAUGUGAGCUGACGAUGAGUAAAUAACUAACGGGGGGGUACCGAAAUUUCGGUACCUGAGAGCGCAUAAGCUGCACAGAAAGAUUUUUGGGAAAACAAAUCUAUAAUAUAAUGCGACUUCUGCAGGCUAAACUAAUAAUAACACCGGGAACAUCACCUUUUAAUUAAGUUGCUUUGUGACUAAAAUUCAAAACUAUCUUAACAUUAUGCUUUUUUUUUAAAGAAAUCAUGUUCAUAUACUUUCUUUGUAGGGAUAAUAACAGACUCUCAGAUUCUCUUAUAGGGAGUUUAAAGAUUAUUUUGCCAAUUUUUCUGCUCUUUAAAAAAAAGUUGAAGCAAUGGUUCCAUCUUUUAAAGCUCUCUCUCUCUCUCUCUCUCUCUCUCUCUCUCUCCACACACUCACACACUCACACACUCUCACACUCACACACCGCAACCGUGCCUCGCUGCUGACGUACAUUCUGGUCCACUCCUCCUCCUGUUCAUUUAGGUUAGAGAUGUUCCGAUUCCAUUUUUUCAUUCCCGAUAUCCAGGGCGGGUAAAAAUGUACUUUGGCGGGUAACAUUUUAAAGUUACUAGCCAAUUUGGCCGAUGACGAACGAAGCGAAGCGUCUGUUUUAAUAUAUUUGAUUAUGUUUUAACAGCUGUAUACUACUAUCCCUGUAUGGAUGGGAUAUGAUUCAUAUCGUUGUUGUCAGCCUGGCUCAGGUUCAACUUUUUGCGAAACUUUAUUUUAUUGACUUUAUUUAAAAAGAACAUGAACCAACCACUUUAAAGUAGAUUUUUUUUUUCAGG